CACAGUGGUUGUACAUCACGAUUAGCACAGCAACACUAGGCUACAAACUACCGUUGACCCGGUGACCUCGCGUCGCUGUGACGUCAUGAGAGCCAGCUGACCUGGAAACAGCAGCAGACGCGAUGCGAAGAACUAAGGUGAGCUUCUUACUAGGGUUGAUGACGUCAGUGUUCCUGUGCGGAUUCACGUACGUCAUUUUGCGGACAGACAGGCUGGUCAUCAGACGGGAUUCCGGAUGGUUGCUGCACAGAUGCCAGCUGUCCCUUACCGGGGCCCCAGGAUGGACCCUUGGCGGAAACGCAUGCCGACAUCUCAACAGUACGCAACUUUCCGGAAAUUCAACAGAAUCACUACAAAAUGCUACAACAAAAGUGUCAGAACUGCUACAAAACGCCACAGUUAAACCUGACCCGCUGAGCGAUCCCAAACCGGCGGUGGAGCCCCCUGCGCCCUUUGACCGGGUCAACCCCCUGAGAGGUUACGUCGGAGUACCAAACGGGUCAGAGCAACUGAGCAUGCGCUGUCGUGUUUGCGCCGUGGUAUCCAAUUCUGGCCACCUUCUGAACUACAAGGCUGGGAACGAGAUCGACAGUGCUGAUUGCGUCAUCAGGAUGAACGACGCUCCUGUGCUGGGGUUCGAACAGCAUGUCGGGAGCCGGACGAGCCUGCGCGUGUUGUGUUUCCAGUCGGUGUACGUGGUUCCCGCCAUGUCCGAGCUGUACCGGCAGGCGGGCAGGUCCACGCUGCUGGGCUGGGGCCCGCUGGCUCACAUGGACACGCGCAGCGGCCCCGCGUUGUACGUGGUCCCCGCCGUGUCCGAGCUGUACCGGCAGGCUGGCAGGUCCACGCUGCUGGGCUGGGGCCCACAGGCUGACAUGGACACGCGCAGCGGCCCCGCGUUAGCGGCUUCCGGCACGUGGCUCAGCACUGGUUGGUUCACCAUGCUAGUUGCCAUGGAGAUGUGUGACGUCAUCAAAGUGUACGGACUGAGCAGCGAGGACUAUUGCAAGUCUCACCCUAACGACACGACUCGGUACCACUACUAUGAGAGCGUCCUGAAGUGGCUGGGACCUCAGACUAAGGAGUGCGACUUUUACCGGAGGAACCAGAGAAUUGCGAACGGCGCGCACCGCUACUUCACGGAGAAGUCCAUUUUCUCGCGCUGGGCGCCUAUUCAUAACAUCACGUUUCUCUACCCGGCUUGGAGUCCAUCCUCCAGUUUGACCUGGAACCUCGGAUGGGAAAGUCAUAGUGACGUCACGCACAUAACAACACGUCAUAAGGUUCUAAACAUUCACGGUAAACCAAGACACACGGAGAACAUGUACUUUUCCAAGGAACGAAGAUUUGGAAUAUCAAUGUCACUGUCAAGGGUCCCGCGGCGCGUGUGGCUCGUCGCGUCCCUGUCCGGCCUCGGCUUGAUCCUGCUCGUGGCGGACAGAAGCAGCGUUUUUCGCAGCAGGACUGUUCCAAUGACCUUUCCCCCGCCAAACCUAAUGGAAAGACAGAAAGACGCGAGCAAAUUUACAAAGAUUCCGUUUUCCGGUCCGGAUUUUCCGGAUUCUCCCGGUCACGUAGGCAAACCGGAACCUACCUCACACAUACAUCCGGAAACUCCGUUUCCUGUACCGGAUCACUCACAUCCUGUGAAACUUGAUACUGCGCUCCGGAAUAUGACGGAGAAUCCGUCUUCCCACAAGCAGCAAUCCGGACCGGUGGCCUUUGAUCUUGCCGACCCGCUCAGAGGAUAUGUCGGAGUGCCAGACGACUCAAAGCAACUGGAUCUUCAUUGUGGUGUCUGUGCCCUGGUGUCGAGUUCGGGGCAGCUGCUGUACUACAAGGCUGGGAACGAGAUCGAACAGGCCGAUUGCGUCAUCAGGAUGAACGAGGCUCCCGCUAUCGGGUUCGAAGAGCAUGUCGAGAGAAAAACCACCCUGCGCGUCAUGUGUUUCAAGUCUAUCUACCUGGUCCCCGACAAAACUACUCUGUUUUCCUACGCGGGAAACUCCACGUUGCUGGGUUGGGGGCCUCCACGCGACAUGGACACAGCGAAAGGAAAGGCCUACCGGAAACUGGAGAGAUUACAAGCCAGCUACCCUGAGCUGGAGGUUUACAAACUGACGGAAGACAGGAUUCAGUACGCCGACAGGGUGUUUGAGACGGAGACCGGACUUCCAAGGAAAAAAUCCGGGGCCUGGCUGAGCACGGGUUGGUUCACCAUGCUGGUUGCCAUGGAUAUAUGUGACGUCAUCAAAGUGUACGGCAUGAUCAGUGAGGACUACUGCAGGUAA